AUGCCGAGAAAACGAAAACCCGAAUGGCCACCAGAAAAUGACCAAUCUCGAAAACUCAAAUUUGAUAAUGUAUGCCAAACAAGCACAAUUAAUUGGCUCAACGAUCCAAAAAUAGAGCUUCAUAUCAAACAGGAAAAUGAUGAUGAGGACGAAUAUUUGAACAUGACAGAAUUUAACGAAGUUGAAGAGAAUUCGGGAAUUGAGAAUGGAACUGAAUCAUUUCUUGAUUCCUUAAAGAAAUACGCAAAAACGACAAAAAACGGAUCUUCUACGGUGCCAGUGGCUAAUGCUAUGAGUUCUGGUCUUACUGGAAUCCAGUUCAAUCGAAGAGCAGUGGAGGCGCUGAUUCCAAUGUUUGUUAGAAUCCAUUCGAAAUCUCCAAGAAAAGUUGACAUUGCUGCCGCAGUACUCCAUGGAUCACUACCUGGAUCAUCGAAAGCUGCCGGAAUAGCCACACAGAUGACAUAUAAUAUUCUUCACAAUUCCAAUAAUUCAACAUUCUACGCAAAUCGAUCGAUUUACAGCGAUAACCAAAGAAAAGUGUAUGUGAAAAAAUGUGGACGAGAAUAUUUGGCGAACGUUCUCAAAAAAAAAACACUCGAGAAUCCAGAAGUGCACAGCGAUGAAGAUCCACCAAUUAUUAUGAACGAUGUACUCGACUAUCAAGAUUUAAAGCAACAGGUCAACGUCUGA